GCUUCGAGCUCCUCCGCGGAGCUCAUGACGCUAAGGGUGAUUGACGAGGACGGCGCCGAGGUCUACUUCACGCUCAAACCGACAACGCCGCUCAAGAAGCUGAUGCAUGUAUACUGCAACAGGAAGGGUGUGCCCCUGAGCAACAUGCGGUUCCUCCUCGACGGCCAGCGCAUCGACGAGGCCAAGACCCCAGGCGAAAUGGGCAUGGAAGACGGCGAAGUCAUCGUCGCCGAAAUA